AUGGUUGGUUUCACUAAAGACGAGGAUAUGACGCCUCACCAAAAAAUCAUAGCAGGUUGUAUAUCAGGCAUUGUAACUCGAUUUCUCACCCAACCAUUGGAUGUGUUAAAAAUCCGAACUCAGCUGGAAAGACGUAAACGCAGGCAGAGAACGUUGAUAGAAACCAGCCGAAAGAUAUUCUUCGAGGAAGGCAUGACAGCGUUCUGGCAUGGGCAUUAUCUUGGCCAAGUUCACUCAAUAUUGUCAACAAGCAGCCAGUUUUACGUGUACGAAUUAACAACAAGAUAUGCUUUUCAAUCGUCAUCGGUCGAACCGGAAUACAAAAACAUACUGCAAUUCCUAUGCGGUAUCUGUGCUGGUACCUGCAGCGCCACGCUGGUGACCCCACUGGAGGUAAUAAGAGUUCGUCAGAUGAUUGUUCAACAACAGUAUAAAGGGCUGUUUAAUGGAGCGAAGGCUGUAUAUAGAUCCGGUGGGUUGUUUGCCUUUUAUGAGGGCUGGACUGCUGGGGUAUUAAUGCUUGGCCCUCAAGUAGGUAUUACAUUUUCUGUAUUUGGAUUCGUGCAGCCAAUAAUACUGGAGUAUUUAGACUCUUAUAGAACUAAAGAAGAGAUAAAGGCGCCGACAAGACCAGAACACCUCCUUUUAGCUACCAGCAUUGCAGGACUGGUUGCCGGUUUCAUUUCAAAGGUCGCUAUGUACCCAUUCGACUUAGCAAAGAGAAGACUACAAAUAUCUAGUCAUAAAGCUGAAGACAAAUUUUUCACUCCGUCGACCUCAAGAAAUCUAGUUAAAUGUACUACUUUAAUCCAAUGUAUUGUUGAUACAGUGAAGAUAGAGGGAUACUUUGGCCUUUAUAGAGGUUUACAAGUUACGAUAUAUAAAGCACUAUCAACUAAUAUUCUCACUUUCUCAACGUAUGAACUUUCGUGUCAUUUGUUAAGAGAAUUAUGGAAAAGAUAG